GAUUUUCCUCAUCGUGCUCAUGAACUCUCACCCAGGAUGUGACGUUCUCGUAUUGCACACUUAUCUUAAUUUCCUGCUUCAUAUCUAGGAAGUUAAUGGUGGAAGAAAUAAUUGUAUUCGUGUUUGGUAAAAUAUUUUCACCUUCAAGAUGAGUAAACAAGGAAAGAUGCCGCUUUUUGGUGCGAAAAGCAAUGGCGACAGUGGAACAAAAGGCAAGAAAUCAAAAAAUAAAGGAAGCACUGAUGAACCUGAACUAAGCAUUGGUGCGCCAUAUAUGGUCCAACAUAACUUUCACGUUGGUUUUGAUUCAGUUACUGGACAGUUUAAUGGCCUCCCAGCGGCAUGGCAGCUUCUACUAAGUGGGUCAAACAUAACAAAAGAAGAACAGAAAGAAAAUCCCCAGGCCGUUAUUGACUCGCUCAAGACUUACAGUCACUCAAUCAAGAAAAAGGCUGAUGACAGGUACCUCCAGGUAGCAGUUUCCAUAGGCUCAGAUGAUGACCUCGAUGAACGCAGCUCACAACCCAAGGUCAAAUUUGAUGGAGCCAGCAACAAGCACAAUGACGAUGUGUUUAAACUCGAGGAACCAAAGAAAAAUGAUGAGGUGAAAAAGGUAGACAAAGUAACAGAUGAGGUGGCAAAGGUUACAGUUGAAGAAAAACCAAAAGAAGAGCCAGUAGCCACAAGAAGGCAAAAGGAGCAGCCAAAAAUGUCAGACGCCGAAAUCAACGAGGGUCUUAAAAAGUUGUGCAGUCCUGGAGAUGCUCUCAAGAAGUAUGAUACAAAGAAGAGUGUUGGUUCAGGUGCGUCGGGCCGUGUAGUGAUGGCAAAGCCAAAGGCCAACCCUGAGGAUGUGGUCGCCAUCAAAAUCAUGGACCUCAACAAUCAGCCAAAGAAGGAGCUGCUGAUCACGGAAAUUGAGGUGAUGAAGACGUACCGGCACGAGAACAUUGUUAACUUCCUGGACUGCUAUUUUGUCGAUGAGAACCAGGAACUUUGGGUGAUAAUGGAGUAUCUAGAUGGGGGGCCGCUCACAGACGUUGUCACGGAGACCGUCAUGAAGGAGGGACAGAUUGCGGCUGUCACCCGCGAGUGUCUCAGGGCGCUAGAAUUUCUGCACGAGCGCAGCAUUAUUCACAGGGAUAUUAAAAGUGACAAUGUGCUCUUGGGCAUGAAUGGCAGAGUAAAAUUGACUGAUUUUGGCUUCUGCGCACAGCUGAGCAACGAGCAGUCAAAGCGGCAGACAAUGGUGGGAACACCAUAUUGGAUGGCUCCCGAAGUUGUUUCUAGAAAACACUAUGGUAAAAAGGUGGACAUUUGGAGUUUGGGAAUCAUGGUGAUUGAAAUGCUGGAGGGCGAACCCCCGUACUUGAACGAGACUCCUCUCAAGGCCAUAUACAAGAUUGCGACCAAAGGGAAACCGGACAUAAAGAACUUCGAGAAACUCUCGCCCGAGUUACAGGACUUCCUUAAUAAAUCUCUUGAAGUCGAUGUUGACAAACGCGCCAAUGCCGCCGACCUACUUGCUCACCCAUUCUUGAACAAGUCCAUGGAGCUGUCAACGUUACGUCCGCUAAUCCUUGCAGCCAAACAGGCUACGGGUCACUGAGUUCGAGUAGACUACAUGUAACUGAUUUCCUAGCUCAUGUUAAGAAUGUGGCGAUAAUGGGUGAAUACAAUGUGUAGAUGGCAUGUAUGGAAUUGAGAAGUUAUCAUUCUGCUUAAAAAUAAGAUAUAUUUUUUAGGGGAUUUAUUUGAUUUAUCAAUAAUUUAUAACAGUUUGUUGUAUGAUUUCUUCAAGAAAAUGUUAAAUUUAGAAACUUACUUCUGUUGUUUGUUAAAAAAAUGGAACCCUUCUUACUGAAUUGUGUUUCUUUCCAGUGUUAAAUUAAAGUAAAUUAUUGAUAAUAUUGUCUGUAAUAAAAUGUAUGGGGUUAUUGCCGAUAUGGUUAUAAUAUGGUGAAGUGAAUUUGUUUGUUUAGACUGGAUAGAUCAGAUCAUUAUUAAUUGAU